AUGCAGAGCGCAGUGUUCUUAGCGUUGCAGCACGGCGGCGGCGGGCGCAUGGAGCCGGGCGGCCGCCGGCGGGGCGAGACGGAGGAAGCGGCGGAGAGGGGCAGGAUGAAGAAAACAAUCAUUAAAGAUUGGAAAACGAGACUGAGCUACUUCCUGCAGAACUCUUCCAAUUCGACUAAAAUUAAGUCUAAGAAAGUGGGGAAGCACCGCACCUACUUCAGACCUUCCCCUGAGGAAGCUCAGCUGUGGUCAGAAGCCUUUGAUGAACUUCUCGCUAAUAAAUAUGGUCUUGCUGCUUUCCGAGCUUUUCUGAAGUCUGAGUUCUGUGAAGAGAACAUUGAAUUCUGGUUGGCCUGCGAGGACUUCAAGAAAACCAAGUCACCUCAGAAGCUCACAUUGAAAGCGAAAAAAAUCUACAAUGACUUCAUUGAAAAAGAAGCUCCCAAAGAGAUAAACAUUGACUUCCAAACCAAGAACAUGAUUGCACAGAACAUUCAAGAAGCUACACAUACCUGCUUCAGUGCAGCACAGAAGAGAGUUUACAGCUUGAUGGAGAAUAACUCAUACCCACGUUUUUUGGAAUCUGAAUUCUAUCAGGAGCUGUGCAAGAAGCCACCUAUCACCAGGGCAGCCCAGGGGACAUGAGCAAUGGAGAAGAGUGAGGAGGAGCCUCUUGGCUAGUGACGAAGCAAGCCACAGCUCAUGGCAGCAUCCUAACCUGAAAGACUGAGAC